UAUGCCUGUUCUCUUCAGCAAACUUUCCAAAUUGUUUAAUUGUAUUAGACACUAAGGUAUAUAUACAGAUACACUUGACUUUCAAGUUACUCACAAAUUUGUUAGUGCUCUUGUAAAGACGACGGGUCAUGAAAAAAUAGCGAAUAUAAAAUGGCAUCUGGAGCGAGAAUUAGAGUAGUUUUCCUCACUUUAUCGAUCUACACUGGCCUGAUAUUCUCAUCUAAGUUGAAUACCUCCUUGGAGACAAGCAUUUGCUACUCCACACCGAUAAUGCAGGAUUUAAUGUCCGCAUUGAUACCAAAAUAUUAUAAUAUUUUGUUAAAAAUAGAAGAAACGUCUUUUCAAGCAGAAGCCAACAUAUCAUUCGAGUUACUUCGUAAAUCGGAAAUAAUAUCUUUCCAUGUUAGAAACUUAGAUGUAGACUUCAAAUCGAUAAUGAUUUCGCAAAAUACCUCAGAAUCAGAGCAGCCUGACAACAUUCAUUAUUGUAAUGAGACAAGCACUAUAAUGUUCGUAUUUGAAGAUAUUGUGUGUCCCGGAUAUCAUAACAUAUCCAUGAGGUACAGCGGCUCCCUAUACAAGAAUAAAGAAUUCCUCAGGAUUAAAGAAGAAAAGGAAAAAGGCAAUAUAACCUGGUCAUACAUGAUAAUAUUUGAAGAAGACAGCGGAGAAUACAUAUUUCCAUACUGCAAGAAAGAAGUAGUUUCUAAAGCAAUCUUUAAAAUCUCCGUCGAAUAUCUGGAUAUCUAUCAGAUCUUCUCCAAUAUACCACAAGAUAGAUUUGAAUGGAUAGAACAAAACACAAUACAGAUGAUUUUUAAACCUACAUCCGUAAUACCCACCUACCCAUCUACAAUAGCUAUUAUUAAAUUGGAUGAGUUAUCUGAAUCACCGUAUAACCUAUGGUUUGGACAAGAAGGUAUUAACAAGACGGACUCAGAGGUGAAGAUCAUCACUUACGUAGCCGAUGAAUUCUUAACACAAUACACACAAACACGCUUAGAAACUUCGAUAAUUGUGACUUUCUCCGAUUUCCCGAAAAGUACAUUAGGGACCUGGCCAUUCGUACUUUUAAGCAAGAGUGAUCUCGUUUACGAUAAAAAGGUACAAUUUCCUGGUCGUACACUUGAGAUAUGGAAGACGAUAGCAUACAGGAAAGCGGAGCAAUACAUUCAAAGCAUUGUCAAUUUAGAUAAUUGGUCUUAUAUGUGGUUCAGCAAGGCACUUGCGUUAUACCUCAGUUAUAAUAUUCUUGGACAGAGUUUUAAUUCCAAGAAGAUGAUGGAGCUUUUUGUAGUGCAGGUUCAACUGCCUGCUAUGCAUAACGAUAUUACCCUCAACGUACCAUCUAUUACAGACCCAUAUGACCCAAUUUAUUCCAUUUUCGUUUACAAGAAAGCAUCCGUUUUAUUAAGAAUGUUAGAGCAUAUUGUUACAAAAGAGAUAUUUCAAAAGGCCGUUGCCGAGUAUUUACAUAUAUAUGCGCGUCGAACCAGUUCACCAAUUCAUUUCUUCAAUAUUCUGAAUCAAUUAAACGAACCUGAAGCUAUAUUAACAUACGUAAUGUCCAUCUGGCUAUCGCGAAAAUACUAUCCUAUAAUAACAGUUGUACAACAUGCCUACAACAAUACGUAUUACGUAUAUAAUGACUUUCAAGAUUCAAUCAAAUGGCCAAUCCCGAUAACUUAUAUUACAAAGAAAACUGAUCAAACCAGCCGAUAUACUAUUGUACAUUGGCUGAAUAACAAUUACACCAAAUGGAAUCCUUUUUUAGAAUUAACUUUGGACAGUGCAGAAGACUGGAUUAUAUUGAAUGUACAAUAUUCUGGUUACUACCGUGUUCGUUACGAUAAUAUAAAUUGGUUGAAAAUUGCACAUUUCUUGAAAGAAGACAACGGAAAGACUAUUCCUGUUUUAAAUCGCGUUCAACUCAUCGACGACGCGUAUCAUUUCGUAAUGAUGGAUAUGAUGGAUUACAAGUUUUAUUAUGAAUUAAUUGAUUUCUUGAGAAACGAAACUGAGUUCAUAGUAUGGCACUCGAUGAUGAAUGUGUUACAUUAUAUGUCGCCUUUCUUUAAAUUCCCAGAGAGUGAAAGUUUCAAGAACUUCAUAAUGGACAUCAUGAAUAGCGUAUUGAUGCAGAUAGGAUACGAUGAGAAAGUAAUGGAUGAUAACGCGUUGAAAGCUAUGCGAUUGAUGCUCCUCAAUUGGAUGUGUAACCACGGCAAUGACAAAUGCAGACAGUCGGCCAGCGAUAAAUUAAGAGCAUACUUUAAAGAUGCUAAAGAGUCACCAAUUUUACCGGGCUGGCAGAAUUGGGUGUAUUGCGCUGGCCUUAUGAAACCGGAUCGAGAGCUGAGGAUGCUGGCAAAGAAUAAAAUUUUACACGAGAUUGAUGAAAAUAUGGUCCAAUAUCUGAGCUGUUAUGACGACGAUGACUCGAUACAGGAAUUGUUGAUUUGGAUUAAGUCUAACCCUCCCGACAACAUGUCAUUAUUAGAUGAUGUGCAAAAAGGAGACUUGUAUCGUACGAUUGUGAAGAAGCACGCAAGAAAGUUUAAAGUAUUAGAUUUUAUCCUGGAUAAUAUAUUGCACUUAAUGCCAGACAAUACGUCUUUCUUCGAGAUAAGUCACAUUAUCAUGAGCGUGCAUUCUGAAUGCCAAUUACGAAAGAUUGAGCAAUAUAUAGACGAUAAUGUACAUUCAGACGAAAUGCUGCAAAAUGCUAAACAUAUAUUACCAAGACGAAUAUCUCAAAUAUCUAAGGAGAAAUAUAUGUUUGUGCAUCAUUUCCCCUACGAUGCUGGCCUUCAGGAAACGGAAUGCUAAUUAAUCGGAUAAGAAUAAUAUGCAUAUUAUAAUCCACAGAAAUAAAAAUGCAGAUUACGAAAUUCGUGAACU